AUCCCACUUGGAGACGCCUCUUUGAAGUCGAGCGUUCUGUUGAGAAAAGGCGCCCAGCAUCUUUCAAACUUGGCCCGAUACCGGGUGAGCAUCCAUUACCCGCUUCAUUCCCGACAUCGCCAAAGUCAUCAAGCAGCGAAACAAGCUACUCGGCGGAAAGCGUAAAAGAAAGGAGCCCAUCAGUCAAGAGUGAUGAUGUCUUACUGUUGACAAGUAGUUCUGACAGAACUAUCGUUCAUCCGGAACACUUGGGUCCAAAGACAACUGGUGUUGAGCAAGCUGCACGCGAGAUGCCUAUUUCACAAACCCCAACUCUGUUGAACAAACGAUUCCCAAGGGAUUUAACAGCUCCUUCAAGACAUCGAAAAGCCGAGCGGAGACAAAGAAUGGGGGUUCAAAGUGUAAUCGGAUUCCAGCCACUAACCGGUACCAUGGAAGCCCUUUCGUUUGAUGCUGAAAUAACUGUCCCUCAAGAAACCAAGGCAGAGAAGCCAGUAAGCGAGGAGGCAGGUCAAAGAACUGUCGUGCAAAAAA